CUUAAAACCGAAUCGGCUUGCUCUUGUUCGAUCGAGUUUUUAGAUCAACUCCUGGGGAUCCGCCAGCGUAAUUCGAACUGUUCUGCUGUCCACUUUGCUCUUGCAUCGUUACACGUUUGUAUGAUCAGGGGUUUAAGGGUUUAGGAGUUAUGGGCAUUGCAUCGUUACACGUUUGUAUGAUCAGGGGUUUAAGGGUUUAGGAGUUAUGGGCAUCGAAGCCAUCGUUGGGAGAUUUCGCAGUUACGGACAGAAAGUUUAGGCCUUGAUCAGUCCGGCCGCUAUGGAAGGUUUGUUCUCUCGUUAACAAUUAAGAAUCGCAUUGGGUUUGUCAAUUGCGUCCUCCGUGUGAAGCGUAGCAUGUCAUCUGCGGUCGGAAGUACUGACUUGAACGUAAGGGACAUGGUGCCGGCUGAGUCACGGUAAUGAUGUGCUGUGUUAUGAGACUCCUCUUUUAAUAUGUUCAAUUUCGUGAUCACGCUGUGCGUACUAAGUAUGAUCUCGCAGGAACGCAAACGCACAAUUCCAGGCAAAGAAUUUGAUUGAGCUCCGGAGGACGAUGUUAUUCUCGACAGAGUUGUCCGAGCGGUCCAAAUUGUGUCACGCAGAAUAGCCUGUUGUGUGCGCUGAAAUGGAUGCCCCAAUUCCCGCUCGAGAGAAACCAUAAAAAAGGAGAGUGACUGGACCAUGGAGCUCUUCGCUUCUCGGCUGAUGAUACUUUCAGCUACAGAGGACUGUGCACCGCAAGAUCCUCAAAUUUGAACUCCUCCAUUCACAGUAGUCCAAUGCUCGACAGACACUCUAGAGAAGAGAGAAUGCCUGUCUAUCGAUCGAUGGGAAAGCUGCAUCGGAGAGAAGGCAGCUCCGAGAUUGAUUGAUGCAAUCGACAGGUCGGUCUCGGCAGAGCACGAGCAAUUCUCCAGAUAGUUUAUGCAACCGCAACACAUCGUUACGAUCGCGAGAACUCUGAGCUGAUACUUAUCCGGGUGCGCGGGCACCGCGCUCUUUCAGAAACUCCAACAUGACCCAAGACCAUCUGAGCAUGAGCAUCCGUGAACGCCUGACGUCGAGACGGGAGGCCAGCUACACCUCUUACAGAACCGGAUAAUGGCCUCCGUGAAGCUGCUAUAAUGUGACGAGUACUCGGACACGGAAAUUAUGGAACCAUUUACAUCUUCCCCGUUCCGCCACUUCCUCCAACAUUUCGACAAAGCACGCACUCACUCACUCACUCACUCACUCGUCUGCAGAAACCCAUCGAGACGUCCGCCCGCCCUCGUUUCUCCAGCGAACCCAGGAUGACAGACGACUUUUUCCAAACCCAGGUACGAGCAAAUCUCCACCAAGCUUUUGGGCAUCGUCCUAACAAUCGCUGGGACAUUCACGAAAUUCCUCCGGAGUGAAAGCAGGGUCCAUGGUGCACACGAGAGCUACCGCAGCAUGGGAACAGCAACGGGGAAGAUCAUGGUUUUUGCUUAAGGGCUUCUUAUAAGCCCUAAUGGCAGAGUCCGGAAAUGAUGGCUGAUCACGGAAUAUUCGUCCGGUUGGUCCCCGUCACUCGCGGCAUUUCGCUUUAAACCCUAAUACUGUCAAAGGGGAGGAAAGCUGGUUGUGGGGAGAGUGGAGACAUCGAGAGGGGAGAGGAGCAUUUUUCCAACCUCCUGCAGAUCCUGCCGGUUUGUCUGUGCCCAAUUCUGAUCGAGUUCGCGUGAAGCCCUGUGGGCCGAUUGCCCCACUCGGCUCGGGGAGCAAUGUCUUACAGGUGGGCAGUUCGGAGGCUUGUGGUGCAAUCGCAGCAGCAGCAAGCUCGGAGGAAUUAUUUUCUGGACCGGACUCUGGGUAAUUCUCCAUCCUCGGGUUUGUGGAGACCCGCUUUGCCGCAGAUUUCUCGGGCAAAUCAGGACGAAGGACAGACAGAAGGGGGAGGAUCGUCCGAGUGGAGUAAGUGGGAUGAGAACUUGAGGGAUCAUUUGACCAGAUUGAAGUUCAUGAGCUUUGCGGAUGUUGGAAAAUGCAGCUCCCUCAUCGAUAGGUCGGAAGAAUCUGCAGUGGGAAUCGGUUCAAAUGUGGCGGAACAGACUGGGCAGGUGGUCAGGGCUGGCGGAGUCACCGGUUGCGACUUUGAAGGGCGAGUCAUGGAGCCAGCUAGAAUUUCCAAUGAAAUCAGCUCCGCGCAGAUCGCCAUGCUAGGGUGUUCCGGGAAAGCCUCCAGUCAAAGUUUUGGACGUUCGGGGGGUUUCCAUGGCGUUGGAAGGGGACCGAUGACCAGAGUUGGAUCCGAGAAAGUUAGAUUUUACAGCUCUACUGCUCCUGCUGUAGGGGAGAAUCUGCAGAUUAACAGCGGUGAGCAACUGGAUGCGUUGGCUGGAGUUGCCGAUACCGCAUCUACGGUUGCUUCCGUGGCUACAACCUCUGGCACUCGUGUGAUCAGUGAAGUUGCUGCGGCUGCUGCUGAUUGCUCAUAUCCCACAGCUGCAAUUCAAUAUGUGAUUGAAGGGGUCCACCUAACAACCGGGCUCCCUUGGUGGGCUUCUAUCGCAGCCACAACCGUUGCCAUUCGUAUUUUGGUUCUUCCCAUUUUGGUCUAUCAAAUGAAAGCCACGGCACGUUUGACGCUCAUGAGACCAGAACUUGAGAAGCUGACGAACCAUAUCAAAGAAAAUAAUUACGACCCUAAAGUCGUCGAGGAAAAUCAGAUGCGCAUGAAGCUUCUUUUCCAACAGCACAAGACAAGUCCUCUGUCCCCCAUUCUGGGAGCAUUUGUUCAGGCUCCAAUUUUCAUGUGUUUUUUCUUUGCAAUCCGAAACAUGGCGGAAAGGGUGGAGUCCUUCAAGGAAGGAGGAGCCCUCUGGUUUACAGAUCUUUCAACGCCGGAUAGUUUCUUCAUUAUGCCUGUUCUUAGUGGAGCAAUGUUUCUGUUGACAGUGGAGCUAGGGGCAACGGAUGGUAUGCAAGGGCAGCCUAUGCUGGGGAAGAUGAAGAUGGCUCUGCGCGGUUUAGCAGUUCUACUCGUACCUCUUACAGCAAGCUUUCCAAAGGCCCUCUUCUGCUACUGGUUGACUGCUAACGUUUGCUCCAUCGUUCAAGCUGCAAUUUUUAAACAACCCGGAGUGAAAGGUUCCUUGGGCAUCCCUGACGUAUCACACAUGGCGAAGCCGGAAGGCCCUAUUGCACCCGUGAUGACCUUCAGUCAACCUCCCAGACCUCAAUCGACAAUCAGUAAAUCUCAAGGCGGUGAAGGUAGAGUAGGCACAUACGUCAACAAGAAAAGGCGAACGUGAGUUCUAGUUGGGCUGGAAAAUUCUCAUAACAGAAGAUUCGUGGGUCUCAUUUCGGCUCUUGUCCACUCAUCAGCAGUAGUGUAAAGAACAAAGCCAUGGUCAACUUGCCAUAUAACUUAUAAUGCAGUUGACAUUUAGGAAGCUCACACCGAAAGACAAUUAUGGGACAAAGGGUUAAGGUAUAGAGUAGGAAUUGGGUUAGAGUACAUACAGCUUCAUUCUUUAGGGGACGUGAUCUCCCCAACAGUUUUGCCUACGAUGAGGAAAACUUCCUUAGAUCCUGCAUAAAAGGACGGACCAUCAAUGUAUUGAGUUCGUUACAGUUGACAGUAGUCAAGCGGUCACGAUGCAUGACAGUUUCUCAGCCAUUUUAAAGAACAGAAUCUAUAUUUCAUCUGUGAGUGGCCGAGUAAAUUUUGGAGGUCAUGUCAAACUCUGGUUGUAUGAUUUUGAGUGUCUAAUAAGACGCACAUCACAGUGAG